AUACAACCUGGUGUGAAUGGUUUUAUCUUAUACAGUGAAGGUUGGUGGUAUGAGGAUACCGGGAAAGGUCCACCCAGAAAAAGCCACCAAAGAACCGGAAGUUGAAGAUGAGGAAUAUGAGGAGACAACAGGAAAGAGCCCUCCAUCGAAUGAGACAAGGGUAUUGAUAUCUGGAGCCCCAUCACAUGGUAACAAGGACUUCCCACCGGAAGCCAUCAAACAGUUCCACGAGAAACCGGUGCCAACUCACCAGAAGAACGUAUCCACUAAACCCAUCAAAGUGGUUCAACAGCCGAGGAAGAAUUAGGAUAGCGUCAACAGCAAAGCAAAACAAGUGCAAAUAUGAGAUUUGGUCUGUGCUUUGGACCCCAUUUGUGGGGAGAUUUUCAAUGGCGAGUAGUCAUCUUGAUUUGAGGGUAUUUGUUCAGAAAGUGAUUCUUUGAAAGGUGACCUGCAUGAUGCCUUGGAAUGAAACAAGAAUUAUUGAUUUUAACAAAUUAUGCUGAAAUAUCAGAAACAAAACAAAUCAUUAACAUUUAUCGAUAUAGUUUGGAGGAAUAUUUUUAAGAUACCUGGUUAUUUUUUAUUUAGUUAGUGUCAAACACACUUGAUGAAGCCAUUUGAUGGUUUGAAAAGAAUUUGAUUCUUAUUUUGAAUAUUGGAAAUUCCAUAUCUUUUAAAUCAUGAUGGGUAAGUACUAGGAGUGCUAAUUGUAGAAAUAAAAUGAACCAAAAUGAAUCAAGAAUAUAGUAGGAUGAAGACAAAAUAAAUCUUUAUCUUCUACACAUUUUUUUUCCUUUCUUGUUAUGUGGAAUGCAAUGUAAAACUGUCUUUAAGUGCAAUUAAGUUUUUUCAGGAAUUGUGAAAUAUGUAGACUCUAGUGACUAUGCACAAUUCAAAAUGGCCGAUCACACCAAUCAUCACAGCCCAUGAUAUUUUGAUGACUUAAAAAUAUUUAGAGACAACUCAAAGAAACCUUGACCAAUGAUUUCCUCGUAAUUCUUAAUUUUUAUUGAUUUGCCUAAUGUUAGGCAUUUUUAUAAUGUAUUCAAAAUUAUCCAAUAAUAUGGCAGAAGGCGUGUAAAGGCAUAUAAAAGCUGAAACAGUCAUUAAGACUUUAAUGUUAGAAGUAUUAACAUUUUCUGUUAGGAAAAUUCAAAAUCAACUUUCAUUAUUGAUCUUUUUUUAUGAUUGAGAUUAGAUGAAAGAAGUUGGAUAAAUCGAUAUUGGAAGAUAAACAGGUAUUGAAGUUUUUAGUACGUCAGACAUUCUAUGCCAAGACUGUAUCACAUCUUUGUGUGAAAUAACGAAUGAAAGCUGAAAAAGCAUGACAAAAUCUCGGACUUAUUUGAUAGAGUAUUUACUCAGUUUCAGAUCAACAAGAGGGAGUUUUCACUCCACGACGCAUGACAAAUUCUAGAACAUAGAAAAUGUAUUGUCAAAUGCCCUUCAUGACAAUGAACAACCGAGAAGUCUUUGUCGAAAAUUGGUGAAUCAAACAAUGUCCUUGGACAAUACUGCUGUUCUGGUUCACCAAUGUACGACAAAGACCUACCAGCUGUUCUUUGUCAUUCAAUUUCAAUACAUUUACUGUGUUCUUGAAUCUGUUGUUUAUUUUGAAUUGCGAACUCCAUAAUUUCUCUUACUGCCAACACUGGAUAUAAAUAUUUAAUCAAACUAUUUCUUUCUUUGUUGAACAACCCCUGAAAUAACACAUUCAUAAAGUUGACACAUCCUCUGCUUAUUAUGAAGCAAAUACCGACUUAAGGGAUUUUUACGCCUGGGGGCCGUUUCAUAAAGCUAUUCGUUAGUUAAGAGCGACUUUAAGAACGACUGGUGAACCUUAUGCGCUAAACCAUCGCCAAUGAAUAUUUUGGUGCAUACCAUUUACCACAAGAAAGGAUCACCAGUCACUCUUAACUUACGAACAGCUUUAUGAAACACCAACCUAGGAGGUCAGGUGUUUCAUAAAACUCUUCUUAAGUUAUGAGUGACUUUACGAACGACCUGUGAUUCUUCUCCUUAGGAGCUAUCUCAACAUCAGUGAAAAUUUGGUGUUUAUCAUUUCCCACAAGAAAGGAUCAUCAGUCAUUUGUAAAGUUGCUUGUAACUCUUAAUGAUAAAAAUCACCCACUGGAGUUCCUAUCUACAUCCAGGUGUGUGUUUCAUAAAGCUGUUCGUAAGUUAAGAGCGACUGUAAGAAUGACUGGGGAUCCUUUCUUACGCUCUAAAUAAUCACCAAUGAACAUUAAUGGUGAAUAUCAUUUACCACAAGAAAGGAUCACCAGUCGUUCCUAAAGUCACUCUUAACUUCCGAACAGCUUUAUGAAACGGGGCCCAGGGCCCCGUUUCAUAACGCUGUUCGGAAGUUGGUGAGGGCUGGUGCCCUCCUACCUGCUUCGCCAUUCACCAACAAUUAUGAACAGCUUUAUGAAACACAGGUGGGUGUUUCAUUGAGCUGUUUGUAAAGUUACGCAUGACUUUAUGCACGACUGGAACAUGUUCUCAGGUGCCAAUUCAACAUAUCACUUUUUUUUAAUAGCACAAGAAUGGGUCACCAGUCUGGUAUGAAGUCAUUUGUAACCUACAAACAGUUUUAUGAAAUGCCAACCAGGGGGCCUUUCAUAAAGCUGUCGUAAAUUUGAUUUCAAGAAUUGCCAUUCGUUAAUACACAAUUAUUUCUUGACAUGAAAAUGGAUUCAAUCAUAAAAUGGCUUUCCAUACACUAUCUUGCAUCGUUGGCUUAAUCAUUUGUAAAGCUUUUCGUAAGUUAAGAGCGACUUUAAGAACGACUGGUGAUUCUUAUGGUAAAUGAUUUUCACCAUUAAAUGUUCAUUGGUGAUUAUUUAGCACGUAAGAAAGGUUCACCAGUCGUUAUUAAAGUCACUCUUAACUUAUGAAAAGCUUUAUGAAAAGCUUUAUGAAUGAUUAAGCCAACGAUGUGGGAGGGCGUUAUAUGAUUGAAUCCAUUUUCAUGAUGUCAAGAAAUAAUUGGGUAUUAACGAAUGGCAGUUCUUGAAAUCAAGAUGUAGAAUUGAAUGAUACAAAGGUUUGCAAUAUAUGCAUGGCUAAAUCAUCCAGGUUUUAAUUGAUAUUCAUAAAUUUUGAUCAUGUGACACAAGUAUAAUUUUACUUCAUUCAACUGGAAAAAUGAAAUUAUCAUGUUUAUAAGUAUGAUAACUUUUGUCAUGAUUGACCAAAUGACAGUAGUAAGAUUUAUUUCAUAAUCUACAUGUAGUGUAGACAACUAGGUGAAUUUCUUCCUUCUUUUUCAUCCGUAUUGGUUUUUUUGUUUGCUAUCAUCACUUAAUUAUUGAGUACUUAAUUUGUUUUAAAGCCUCUGGGAUCAGAUUUGUAGGAAAAAAACUUACAUGCAUAAAAAAUUGCUCAUUUACAACAUCUGAAUUAUGAAUUGAUUUUGGAUCUUUAAAAUGUCGUUUAUUUGUUCCUUUAAAAAAGAAAAUGCAUGCAAGUCUUCUUUUCUUAACGCUGAAUUUCCAUCUGGAUAAGCUAAUUUUAUUCCAGCAUUUGUAUACAAAAUCUUCAUAAGGAUUUUUUUUGUUUUGUUUUGGUAACAUUAUUGUUCUGCAUGCUGUUUUACUUUUUUAUUGUUAUUGAUCACAGUCAAAUGACUAAAAAAAUUGAAUAAAUUUGUUACAAUAUGUAAUUUUUCAGAAAAAAAUCAAUUUUAGUAACUGACAUGUAUUUUAUUCUAUUUUACUUUGAAAUUCUUGCCUGUGUAUGUUAAUACAUGAUUGCGAAUCUAAGAUCAUUUUACUAUUAUUAUAUUCACUCUUUUUUCUCUUUAAGAGCUAGUGAUGUCUAGUGAUUCCAUUUGAAGUUUAUUAAAGUUUAUUAAUCAUACAAUGAGUGGGUAGUAUUUAUGCUUCUCUUAUCAUUCCUCUUAUAUCGCAAAAUAUAAUGAAAUGCUUAGAAUAAUUAACAAUGAUAGCAUUUAUAGGGUGUUGCAAGGCUUAUGCAUGGACUAACUAAUGAAUUAUAUCACAAUAGUAUCCAUGGUAAAAUACUAAUACCUCGGUCACAUUUACUCUAUGGCGGCCGUACGGCGAGUCGAAAACAGCCGUUUUAACAUUUUUUGUACCAGCUAUACAUGGGUGGUUUGAAUAAAACUGCUGUUUUCGACUCGCCAUAGAUCAAAUGUGACCGAGGAAUAAACCAAAAAUUCAAAACAUUUUUUACCUGGUUUAUAUCAUUUUUUGCCCAUUAUGAACCAAGCUAAACAAGGGUAAAUGCUGUAAUGACAUGACAUCUGUGUCAAUGUGGGUCAAAAGUCAUUGAAGGUAAAUUGUUCCGACCAGCCUGCAAGAAUGGUUACCAAGGGGGCAAGUCAUUGUUGUUAUCACCUAUAAUGUAGAAUAUAUACACCCUUCCCUUCCAUCGCCUGAUUCUGAGCUCAUUAAAACUUAUUUUUGAAAUAAAUAUAACUUAUGAUUUUAUGUAUAAUGGGUAUAUACUAUAUGAUAAAAGAUAUAUGACUAAACGUUUUAUGUACAUGUAUAAUGGGUAUAUCGAAUAAGAGAGAUGAUUAUCGUAUCUAUUAUUUUGUUGGUAGUCUUUUGGAUAGCAAAAUGAAAUUCUUCCGUCUGGAUUAUUUACUGUAAUAGGUUACAUCUAACUUUACUCCUUACUGUUAUUAGGAGAGCUAAGCAUUCUUUAUCCAAGUCCAUAGAGUUAUUGCAGUUUACAAGAUGAACAUAUUGUUCCAUUUAAGGAGCUUUUAUUGUUUAUAUUGUCAGAAUGUAGAGAGAAAGGACAGUAUUGGGAUUGUAGUUUCUUGAUUUUAUUCGAUUUAUAUUUUAUUGUGAUUUUAACAAUCCUCUCUACAUUCCAUCCAUAUUUGGUUUUUAUGUCAAGCUUGAUAGCUACCCAUUGCUUUUCUCUGUGCUUUAGGGAGCUCGUUAAUGCUGAUUGUUCAGUUCUUGAAAUUUAAACUCUUCAUAGUCUUUACGAAUUCUUCAAAAUGAUAGUUCCCUGUCAAUGCAAUUGUAUACAUUAUGUACCAAUAAAGACUAUUGGGAUACAAGAA